UCCGAGCCUCACCCAAACCUGCCUGGACGUUCCGCGAUGACAAGCUUGCCACGCUGUGGUCGCCCUGAGACAUGCGCGAUCAACUAAAGCAUACGAAUUGCAACCCAGCGGUUGCCCCCCGCUUGUAGGACCUUGGGCUGCUGGCGGAGUGACCUUCCAAAUUCUGCUUCUUCCCACUGUGAAAGCUAAGAUAGGCCCUGGGGUGCGGAGGCUCGCCGGCACUGCCCCGCGGGUGAGGGAAGGAGGAAAGUGCGCCUUUGGGGGCUGCUGCCGCGUGAUCAGGCGGCUCCACCUGGUACGCUCAGAUCUAAGCUUCCUAUUGACAGGUCCCUGAGCGUGUGAGAUGGGCCGGACAUCCAAGGACAAGAGGGAUGUGUACUACCGCCUGGCCAAGGAGAACGGCUGGCGCGCACGCAGUGCCUUCAAGCUGCUGCAGCUUGAUGAGGAAUUCCAGCUCUUCCAAGGCGUCACUCGGGCAGUUGACUUGUGUGCAGCCCCAGGCAGCUGGAGCCAGGUGCUGAGCCAGAAGAUCGGGGGCCAGGGUUCUGGCCAUGUGGUGGCUGUGGAUCUUCAGGCAAUGGCGCCAGUACCAGGUGUGUUACAGAUCCAAGGGGACAUAACGCAGAUGUCCACUGCCAAGGAGAUCAUCCAGCACUUUGAGGGCUGCCCUGCGGACCUGGUGGUGUGCGAUGGGGCUCCAGAUGUAACUGGCCUCCAUGAUGUUGAUGAGUACAUGCAGGCCCAGCUCCUCCUCGCCGCUCUCAACAUUGCUACCCAUGUCUUGAAACCAGGGGGUUGCUUUGUAGCCAAGAUCUUCCGAGGCCGGGAUGUGACGCUACUCUAUAGCCAACUGCGGGUCUUCUUCUCCACUGUGGUCUGUGCAAAGCCCAGGAGCAGCCGGAACUCCAGCAUUGAGGCCUUUGCAGUCUGUAAGUGUUAUGACCCCCCUGCGGGCUACUUGCCGGACCUGACCCAACCCCUACUGGACCAUUCCUAUGAUCCAGAUUUCAACCAAUUAAGUGGUCCCACCCGCAUCAUUGUGCCCUUUGUGACCUGUGGGGACCUGAGUGCAUAUGAUUCGGACCGCAGUUACCCCUUGGACCUAGAGGAUGGCUCAGAGUACAAGUAUACUCCGCCCACGCAGCCGCCCAUCUCACCACCGUACCAGGAGGCCUGCACGCUGAAGAAGAAGGGACGGCUGGCCAAGGAGAACCAGCCCUUGACUGCUCCCCCGUGCCAUACCAUGCUGGCUUCUGAGGUGGAAGACAGUGAAAUGAAUUGCUCACCUUUAACAAAUUAAGGUAAACGACAAGCUGAUUCAACUUGGAAGCUGUUUGGUCUCAGGAAAGCCAAAACUUUGUGCUUAUGAACUUGUUUGCAAGUAUCACCUCAUCCACCUGUCCUGCAUAUUCAAGCUCCGGUGGGACCGGACAACAUUCGUCAUGAAAAACAUCCAGGAACAGAACUUCACCAAAUGCCCGUCAGUGCUGCAAUGGGAGUGGUCAUGUGAGGUCUUGCCACUUCUCUAAACCUUUCCGGGGCUGCCCUGAGUAUGUCCAGAGUUUUCACCAAAAAACCUGGCAUCUUUAGCUGCAUAAAUUAGGGCUAUCCUAAUGCACUUGAUGGAGGAAAAUAAGACAUCUUUAUUUUCACUGACAUAACUGAAGUUUCACUUUUUCUCCCAGAUAGGAAUCAUGGCAAUCAAUCACAAUAGUAAAGGUGGUGGCUGGUGAUUCGCCCCCAUCAGCCCCACACAAAUCCAAAUCAAAAUUGUUACUGACAGCUUGAGAUAUUAUUCACUUUAAUCUCAGUUUUGAAUCAUAGGUCUUAGCAUUUGAUCAUCUAAUUCAAAAGUCCAUAUAUGGCUACAUCCCAGUGUUAAUUCCAUUUUAAUAUAUGUGGCAAUAUUUUUCUAAUCUAAGCUACAGCUGACAGAGAACAUAGCUGACAUAGAGAAUGUAACUUUCAAGUUGACAAAAAUCAUGAUUUGAUCUAUGAUUAUCCUGAAAAAUGAUUAGCAUAAUAAGUUUGAUCAAUAGUCAUCCCAAAAUGGAGUCACAGAACUUUAUUUCUAGGGGCCGGAGAGAUAGGACAGGGGGUAAGGUCCUUGCUUUGCACAUGGCCAACCCUGGUUUAAUUCCCAACACCACCACAUAGGGUCCUCUGAAUACAGCCAAGAGGAAUCCCUGAGCACUGCCAUAUGUGACCCAACCCUCCCCAACCCACCAGAAAAGAAAAACAUUUUUUUUAUGAUAGGAACUUUUCAGAUCUGUUCUCUUAACAACUUUUGAAUACAUUGCACAGUAUUGAUAACUUUCAUUACACUCCCUCAAAAAACUUAUUUAUAACUUACGCCUACACCUCCGACAACCACCAAUCUAGUCUCUGAUUCUAGAAGUUAGAUUUUCUAGAUUCUACAUAUAAGUGAGAUCGCAUAGUAUUUUUUUCCUCAGACUUUUGUUUUUCAUAAUGCCCUCAAGGGCUCUCCAUGUCACCAAAGAUAGGAUUUUCUUCUUUCAUUUUUAUUUAUUUUUUUACAAACAGUUUAGUGGUUCAAGGAUUGUUUCCAGGGCUUCACACAUACAAGUCACUGAACUGCAGCCCCCCCCAUUGUUUUGUUGGGUUUUGGGGGGUGGCCACACCCAGCAGUGCUCAGGGCUUAGUACUGGCCCUGUGCUCAGGGGCUCACUCCUGGCAGUGCACAGGGUGCCCUAUAUGGUGCCAGGGGUUGAACCCAGGUUGGCUAUGUACAAGGCAUGUGCUGUACCCCUGCACUAUCUCUCUGGCCUUUGUUUUUAGGGGUAUCUUUUUGAUGGUCGAAUAAUGCCCCAUUGUAUAUAUGCCCUCCUGCAUUGCUGCAUAGCACUUCAGUCAGUAGCAGACCACACAUAUGAUCACAGUCCCUAUAUGUAGCCUAAGAAUGUGUGAUCUCUGCUAUCUGGGUUUGUGUAAUUACCCUCUAUGAUGUUUGCAUGACAACAGAAUGGCCUAAUGAAGCAUUUCUCCGACUGUAUUGCUCACAUGAGGUGACGCAUAACUGUUGACCCUAUUUUCUUUAUCCGUUAACUAGUAGAUAGAGAUUUAGGUUAUCUGUAUACCUUGGCUAUUGUGAAUAAUGCAGCAGUGAACAUGGGAGCACAGAGAUCUCUCAGGGGAGAGGUUGCCUCCCUUCAGCUAUACAUCCAGAGUUAGGAUUGCUGGAUCAUAUGGUACUUUUGUUUACCCUUUGGAGGAACUUCCAUACCAUUGAAUUGGUUUCUGUAGGAACCCUACACUAUUUGCUUGUGUGUGUGUAUGUGUGUGUGUUUGUAUGCACUCAUACUCAUACUUUUUUAAAAAAAAAAUUGGCCACUCCCUAUGUGUGAUCUCUGCUCUUUGGGUUUGUGUAAUUACCCUCUAUGAUGACAACAGGAUGCUCAGGCAUUAUUCUUGGCUCUGUGCUCAGGGAUCACUCCUGGCAUUGCUUGGGGGACCAUAGGGGAUGCUGGGAAUCAAACUGGUCAGCUGCGUGCAAGAUAAGAACCUUAUCCACUGUACUAUCUCUCCAGUCCCAUGCUCAUACUUUUGAAAAUACUCCUUGAAUUUUUUAUGAUUUUUUAUUGAAUCACUGUGAGAUAGACCCUUAUAAAGCUGUUCAUGGUUAGGUUUCAGUCGUACAGUGUUCCAACUCCCAUCCCUCCACCAGUGUACAUUUUCCAGCACCAGUGUCCCUUCCCUGAUAAUUUUUUAUUCUUUGUUUUUUGGCCUACACCUGGCGGUACUCAGGGCUCACUCUUAGCUCUGUGCUCAGGGAUGAUCACUCCUGGCAGUGUUCCAGGGACCAUAUAAG